AUGGCCCAAGUCCAAGGCAACUGCCAUCCGGCCUUCUCCUCUCUCAAAGCCCUCUUUGAGGAGAACCUCUCUUCCGGCGAGGAACUCGGUGCCGACAUCUGCGUGGAUAUCAAUGGAGAGACCGUCGUCGAGCUCUGGGGCGGUCACGCAGACGCUGCGCGCUCAAAGCCCUGGACCAGGGACACACUCACGCCCGUCUGGUCCGUCACCAAGAUCAUCACCAACCUCGCCGCACUCGUCCUCGUCGACCGCGGCCAGCUCGAUCCCUACGCCAAAGUCGCCCAGUACUGGCCCGAGUUUGCAGUGAACGGCAAGCAGGACAUUGAGGUCCGCCAUAUCCUCAGCCAUAGCGCCGGCCUACCCGCCUGGGAUCCCCCUUUGUCCCACGAAGAAUUUUUCAACGGCCCUUUGGCCACGGAGAAACUUAUCCAGCAACAACCAUGGUGGACGCCCGGCACAGCGUCGGGAUACCACCUCACUUCCCAGGGUAACCUUGUCGGUGAGGUCGUCCGGCGGGUCUCGGGCAAGUCGCUGGCGCAGUUCAUCCGCGACGAGCUUUGUACUCCGCUCGAUGCGGAUUUCCAGCUCGCUGUCGCGGAGGAGGACUGGCCGCGCACCGCGGACGUCGUGCCCCCGCCCCCAUUUGAAGACAUGGGCGCUCUCGAUCCACAGAGUAUCGCUGUCCGCGCAUUCCGAGGGAGCCCCGCCGGCGCGGCGGUCAGCAUGACGCCUGAGUUCCGUCGCUCCGAGCGGGGUGCUUCGGGCGGUUUCAGCAAUGCGCGUGCGAUCAACCGGAUUGUCUCGAUGGUUACGCUGGGUGGGUCGGUGAACGGGAAGCGGUUCCUCUCGCCGGAGACGAUCGAUUUGAUCUUCCAGGAGCAGGUUAGCGGCGUGGAUCUGGUGCUGGGGACGUUUCUCCGGUUUGGUAUGGGAAUGGGGCUGCCGGUGCCGGAGAACAAGGCAUUGGACUGGAUGCCCCGGGGAAGGGUGUGCUUCUGGGGAGGCUGGGGCGGCGCCAUCGCGAUCAUGGAUCUCGAUCGCAAGGUGACGAUUACUUAUACGUUGAAUAAGAUGGGCUCUGGGACACUGGGGAAUCCACGCACAGAGGCGUAUGUCAAGGCCGUCUAUGCGGCAUUGGACGCGUACAGGUCAUGA